CCGACGUGAUCCGCGAGCUCUCGCGAGGCCAGCGCAGGCCGCGCGCUCGAGCCGAAUUCGGGUGUGUUGCAGUGUGGCUUCUGGUGCGCUCUGACACUUAAUUUUCUGGUGGAUUUUCUGACGCACUUGAACUGAGGGGUACUCGGAGAAGCCCCUUUUCUUGGUGGACAUGAGUCCUGCUGAUGCACUUGAUGAUGAAAAUACAUUUAAAAUCUUAGUUGCAACUGAUAUUCAUCUUGGAUUUAUGGAGAAAGAUGCAGUCAGAGGAAAUGAUACGUUUGUAACACUUGAUGAAAUUUUAAGACUUGCCCAGGAAAGUGAGGUGGAUUUUAUUUUGUUAGGUGGUGAUCUUUUUCAUGAAAAUAAACCCUCAAGGAAAACAUUACAUACAUGCCUCGAGUUACUAAGAAAAUACUGUAUGGGUGAUCGUCCUAUACAGUUUGAAAUUAUCAGUGACCAGUCAGUCAACUUUGGUUUUAGUAAAUUUCCAUGGGUAAAUUACCAAGAUGGCAAUCUCAACAUUUCAAUUCCAGUGUUCAGCAUUCACGGCAAUCAUGAUGAUCCCACUGGGGCAGACGCUCUGUGUGCGCUGGAUAUUUUAAGUUGUGCUGGGUUGGUAAAUCACUUUGGACGUUCGAUGUCUGUGGAUAAGAUAGAUAUUAGUCCAAUUUUGCUUCAAAAAGGAACCACAAAAAUUGCUCUGUAUGGCUUGGGGUCUAUUCCAGAUGAAAGGCUCUAUCGAAUGUUUGUCAAUAAAAAAGUGACAAUGUUGAGACCAAAAGAAGAUGAAAACUCCUGGUUUAACUUAUUUGUGAUUCACCAGAACAGAAGUAAACAUGGAAAUACUAACUUCAUUCCAGAACAGUUUUUGGAUGACUUCAUUGAUCUUGUUAUUUGGGGCCAUGAACAUGAGUGUAAAAUAGCUCCAACCAAAAAUGAACAGCAGCUCUUCUAUGUAUCGCAGCCUGGAAGUUCGGUGGUUACUUCGCUUUCCCCAGGUGAAGCUGUAAAAAAACAUGUUGGUCUGCUGCGUGUUAAAGGGAGGAAGAUGAAUAUGCAGAAAAUCCCCCUUCGCACAGUGCGGCAGUUCUUUAUGGAAGAUGUUGUGCUGGCUAAUCAUCCCAACAUUUUUAACCCAGAUAACCCUAAAGUAACUCAAGCCAUACAAAGCUUCUGUUUUGAGAAGAUUGAAGAAAUGCUUGAAAAUGCUGAACGAGAGCGUCUGGGAAAUUCUUGUCAGCCAGAGAAGCCUCUUAUCCGACUGAGAGUGGACUAUAGUGGAGGUUUUGAGCCAUUCAAUGUACUUCGCUUUAGCCAGAAAUUUGUGGAUCGGGUCGCUAAUCCAAAAGAUGUUAUCCAUUUUUUCAGGCAUAGAGAACAAAAGGAGAAAACAGGAGAAGAUAUCAAUUUUGGGAAGUUCAUCACAAAACCUUCAGAAGGAACAACUCUGAGGGUAGAAGACCUGGUCAAACAGUAUUUUCAAACUGCUGAGAAGAAUGUACAGCUGUCGUUGCUGACAGAAAGGGGGAUGGGUGAAGCAGUCCAAGAAUUUGUGGACAAAGAAGAAAAAGAUGCCAUUGAGGAACUAGUGAAAUACCAGUUGGAAAAAACACAGCGAUUUCUUAAAGAACGUCAUAUUGAUGCCCUAGAGGAUAAAAUUGAUGAAGAGGUACGUCGUUUCAGAGAAAGCAGGCAGAAAAAUACUAACGAAGAAGAUGAUGAAGUUCGAGAGGCUAUGAACAGGGCCAGAGCGCUGAGGUCUCAGUCAGAGGACUUGACUUCUGCCUUUAGUUCCGAUGACCUGACAAGUAUGGAUAUAGCAGAAGAGAUGGCUAAUGACUCUGAUGACAGUGUCGCAGUAAGAGCCAGCAGGGGAAGAGGCCGGGGAAGAGGUCGAAGAGGAGGAAGAGGGCAGAACUCAGCAUCCAGAGGAGGGUCGCAGAGAGGAAGAGGCUCUGUUCUGGAGACUUCUCAAGGCAGGAGUUCAAAGACUACCGUGUCAACAUCUAGAAAUAUGUCUAUUAUAGACGCCUUUAAAAGUACAAGACAGCAGCCCUCCCGAAACAUUGCCACUAGGAAUUAUUCAGAGGUGAUUGAAGUGGAUGAAUCAGAUGUGGAAGAAGAUCUUUUUCCUGCCACUGCAAAAACAGAGCAAAGGUUGUCAACCACAUCCUCCAGCAAACGCAUGUCCCAGAACCAAAUAGCUAAAGGGGUUGAUUUCGAGUCAGAUGAGGAUGACGACGAUGAUGAUCCUUUUAUGAACAUUAGUUCUUUAAGAAGAAACAGAAGAUAAUAUAGCAAAUACAACUUAGAAAUUUUCAAGACACAUUAAUAAUCAAAAUGUUACAGACCAAGAGUGUACAGUUGGAGAUGUUCAAAUAUUACUGUUAACAAAAAAGACUUCACAGAGAAACAAAUGUGUAAGAAUUUAUACUUUUCAGUGUGAUUUCCUGAGUAUGACUCCAUUAUUUACAAAAUUUCCAAGUUCAAGGAUGUAACUAAUAGCAUUGAUUCUGCUGAUUUUUUAAUAUCCCGUUACACGACAUGACAACAAACAAAAUCUAGAAUAGUGUUUUCUUGGCAUAAGUUAGCAUCUUAGAGGAAUAGUUUGGUUUAAAUAAGAUUUUUGGGUAAGGCUGAAAAUCAUGUGCUGUUCUUUUCAGUUUUAUAAGCAAAGGCUGCAUCAGUAUUUUAAUUUUGUAUUUGAUUAACGUUGAGAAAAAAAAGCCCACAAAACCUGAUCUCAUACAAUUUCUUGAGAUUCUAGAUUUUCUGCAAGUAGAACAGUGCCUGGGGAACUGUGCCUAAAUUCACUAUGUUACUAAGUAUGUAGUUUUUCUCCCUGCUGCUCAUUAUCCAAGGACACUAAAUGGUUAGAAGCAUCUUGUAAUUAGAUGUAAGUUUUCAUUUAAAAAAAAUCAGUCUGUUGAAAUAUUGAGUGUUUCAUACUGGUCACAGCACAGAUUUCAAAAAAUUACGUUCCCAUUGAGUGUUAGUAAUUUUUAGUGGACCUGCCUUCUACACUCCAAACCCCAUCUAUUCCUAGCAGAAAACUUUUUUAAGAUUUUAAGUUGUAUCUUUUGUAAAAUGUCAGAGAAUGUUUUUAAGAUAGUUGGUAAAAUGGCCAAGUGAAGCUUGUAGUUAUAUUUCAAGUACAGAAUAUAACUAGUGGAAUAUUGUUGCUAACAUUUCUCACUAAUAAUAUUUUGUCUUAACUGAUUCAUAGAAAACAUUUCUGAAUGGACAACUUCAGCAAUAUUAGUAACUUCUAUUUAUGUUUUCUUACCUAUUUUAAGGGGACAAUAAAAAGUAAUCCUCAUCAUAUUAAAAAUUUUAAACC